UCAAACUUAUAUUUUCAAAAACUUUGGAGACUUCGAAACUACAUCAGCCCUCCGCUGUAAUCCGAGGAAGACGUAUUUUACAAGAACAGACUUAACAUACAGAAGUUACACAAUGAGUUCUAGCCUUUCAUCAGACACGCAAGCCAACAUGGCGCUCUCACUGCCAGUUAAUGGUGUCUACUCUGGCUAUCCACCCAAGGUAUCAUGCAGUAUGUCUUUCUGGGCGAGUAAUCAUGGUUGCCAUUUGAAUCUCAGAGGCGAGUCGAGCGAAAGAGCAUCACAGUCAGCAGGACUUAUGCAAAGGCCAAGCACAUCAAAAGAAGCAAAGGCAGCUGGUGAGAGUUCCAUGAUUUUUCACGCAGCCCCAUCAGCGUUACCUUACAGUCUGUUUCCAAGUCACCACCGGUAUCUCCCAUCCAACGCCAUCCACGCAGCUAUAUUCCCUGGUGACCUGUAUCCAAGCUACCCACCUAUGCCUCCAGUAUUUAGCAGUGGUUUGCCAAUCAUGCCAAGGGCUUCAUACCCAUCCUGUCCACCGUUCCUGAAACCAUCUUCAAGCACUAGGGGUGGGUACGAUACCCUAUCGCAAUAUGACUCCAAUCCAGAGGGGCCUAAGAACUGUCAUAUCUGUGGCAAGACGUACGCGAGACUUUCAACCCUCAGGCUCCAUCUCAGGACACAUAGCGGUGUAAAGCCGUACCAGUGUAUGGUAUGUCUUAAGUCUUUCACACAAGCUGCCAACCUCACUGCCCACUUUCGUAUACAUUCCGGUGAAAAGCCAUUUAAGUGUAGGGUAUGUGAGCGACAGUUCUCGCAGUCAUCUUCGGUUACAACGCACAUGCGCACUCACAACGGUGAACGACCAUAUAAAUGUAAAGUGUGUUGUAAAGCUUUUGCUGACAGCUCAACAUUGACCAAGCACGUUCGUACGCAUACCGGAGAAAAACCAUACCAAUGUGAAAUUUGCUUACAGAGAUUUUCCCAAUCAGGAAACAUGAACCGUCACAAACGCAUCCAUAACGAAAUAUAA